AUGCUUUACUUGAUUGGUUUGGGACUUUCUUAUAAGUCUGAUAUAACAGUACGUGGUCUUGAGGCCAUUAAAAGAUGUGAUCGUGUUUACUUGGAGCAUUACACAAGUAUUCUUAUGGCCGCAUCUAAAGAAGAGCUGGAAGAGUUCUAUGGAAAACCUGUUAUUUUAGCUGAUAGAGAAUUGGUUGAAAGUUGUUCAGAGGAAAUUAUACGCAAUUCUGACAAAGAAAAUGUCGCAUUUUUAGUUGUAGGAGAUCCAUUCGGAGCUACGACUCACACGGAUUUGGUCUUGAGGGCAAAGAAGCAAAACACACCUGUGGAAAUUAUCCAUAAUGCCUCUGUUAUGAAUGCUGUUGGGUCUUGUGGUCUGCAGCUUUACAAUUUUGGUCAAACCAUUUCUAUGGUCUUUUUCACAGAUAACUGGAGGCCAGAUUCAUGGUACGAUAAGAUUUUAGAGAAUCGAAAAAUUGGGCUUCAUACCUUAGUCUUAUUGGAUAUCAAGGUGAAGGAACAGAGUAUUGAAAACAUGGCCAGAGGCAGGUUGAUCUAUGAGCCACCCCGCUACAUGUCCAUUUCUGAGUGUUGUGAACAAUUGCUGGAGAUUGAGGAAAAAAGAAAUACCCAAGCGUACACUGCAGACACCCCCGUUGUUGCCAUUAGUAGACUGGGAUCAGCAACUCAGACUUUCAAAUCUGGUACGAUUGAAGAACUUGCCACUUACGACUCAGGUGAACCACUUCAUUCACUAGUCAUUUUGGGAAGACAAUGUCAUGAACUCGAGAUAGAAUAUCUGCUGGAAUUUUGCGAUGAUAGGGAUAGAUUCAAACAAGACGUUUUAAAGGAUCAACAGUUUUUUAAACCUGCUCCUUGGGUACCGCCUCAGGAAGAAUGA